CCACAAUGCAAUCAUAAGAAGGCCUCAAUGGCCCCGAGUCGCCCAAUGCCAAUUCUCUCAUACUUCAGUCUAUUAUGAAGCAUGAUCGUCUGCCAGAAAGCCCAGUGUCGGGGCUUGGGGAGGACGACCGUGAAGGCUCUCCCCAAAUAUGAUGGCAUUUGUAAGCUUAAUGAGCUCCCUCACAUGCUACCAUUUUCUACGACCGCGCCUUCCCUUAACUCCGGUACCGAACCACCCCGCAAUGCGAGAUACAGCUCCGCUAAGGAGAGACAACGCGCCGAACGCGAUCAAUUGAUCAAGUCACUGAAAGAGUCACCUGGUAAACGCGACGCGCGUAACUUUCUAAAGCACUUCGACACCCCGAAGAAAGUUGAGCUCAUUGCUGCUCCCGGAGUCGAGCGAGUAGUGAGCGACUUCGUGGGGCAGGCACACCAUAGUACGAGGAGACUGGAUCCGGCAGGAGUCAAUCUGGGAAAUCUAUACGAGCCAGCAAAGGCUAUACAGGAAAGCCCAGUGUUUAUUCAGCAGUCGCUAACUAAGGAACUAAUACCCGAGAAUGUCGAGCCCCUGCAUAUUGCGUUGGUCAAGCUACGGCAGCCACAGGAGCUGGAUGAUGAGAAGCUGCGAGGAAUUGCCCUCACACUUAGCCAGAUGGUGCGACUAGGAAUGAAUAUUGCUGUAGUGGUGGAUUGCGAUGAGGAUGCGCCUGAGGCCCCCUUAGUCCUAUCGCCUGCCUGGGAACAGACUGUUCGGGAGCAGAUAUCUCGAAUUGUCGACGCACUAGCGGAAUUCAAUGAGCCUGGAGUCUUUGAGAUAGACCAUGCCUUAUCCAUUUCCAACAUCGACACCCCCGUUCCCAGCACGGUCCAGGUUCAAGGUGGCGUUGAGGUGAAGAGUGAUUAUUUGUUGCUUCCCCUAAUAGAAGAGGGCAUUAUUCCUGUCUUACCGUCAAUCGCUUACGAUGCGGAUGUGAGGAAGGUUAGGGUAGACCCCGAUGACGUGGUUCUAGCGUUGACCCGCAAAUUCGCCGGCAUCACUGCUCAGAAGGUUGAGGAGAGCGAGCCCGACAAGAUGUGCGAGAAGCUCUAUCAAAAGUCAAAACCAAUCACGGAUAAACCUAUAUUAGAUCGAAUCAUCAUCCUCGAUCCGCGAGGAGGUAUCCCUCAUGAAAACAGGAUCGAUGGUGCACAUGUUUUCAUCAAUUUGGAAGCGGAAUACAGGGAUGUAAAGAAUGACUUGAAACGAUUCUCUUCAACGUUCUCAGGAAGUAAACGAAAAGACUCUCACAGUCCAUCAGGCGACAGCAACCCAAUUUCGAAGUUUGCUGAAUCCGAAAUUCCUUCCUUGGCAACCUAUCUCACGAAACACCUUCCAGGGAAAUCGCUCUUCAAUCGUCACAUGCGGAAUCUUGACGUGGUCCAACGAGCCCUCAAACUUCUUCCUCCAUCGUCGUCCGCUCUUAUCAUUACUCCUACCGAGGCGGCUGCAUCAUCUCAGACUUCCGUAAUAUCAAAACCGCCCACUGAAGUUCGAACGCGACGCUCAAAGAAUCCUCUCAUCCAUAACCUACUGACCGACAAACCCAUGGUCUCAUCGUCUCUGCCGGCUCCAUUUGUCACCCGACCUGUCGCAUCAACUGCCCCAAACCCCCCGACCUUCCUCAAAAAGGGCAUUCCCGUAACAAUGAUACCUGAUCCUCGUAUCUCCGGCCCUUGGCAACCACCCUCACUCGAGAACCCGAGCAUCGAGCUUGAAAAUGAUCCCCAAGUCAAUUUCCCAAAACUUGUAGAUCUCAUCGAUGAUUCCUUCCGCCGGAAGCUCGACGUAAAACACUACCUCGACCGCAUCCGUGGUCGAGUAGCCGGCAUCAUCAUUGCUGGGAACUACGAGGGUGGUGCGAUUUGUACUUGGGAAACCCCCCCUCCUCUUCCCAGUUCCGAAUCUAAGACUCAUAUUAAUACAUCCACCCUACCUCCCGACUCCCCAGUGUGGAUACCCUACCUCGACAAAUUCGCCGUGCUAACAAGCUCACAAGGUUCUGGCGGGGUCGCAGAUAUUGUCUGGGGCGCUCUUACUCGCAGCUGUUUUCCGCACGGUCUCGUCUGGCGCAGUAGAUCCAGCAAUCCCGUGAAUAAGUGGUAUUUUGAGCGGGCGGUCGGGAUGUGGAAUUUACCGGGUGGACAGUGGACUAUGUUCUGGACGACGGAGGGCGUUGUGGAAGAGUGGGCAGAGCGGCAAAAGUCAUUGGAGGACGCGAGGAAGAGGGGUGAGGAUUCGGAGAAAGGGUGGAAGGGAGAUAUGACGAGGUGGGAUGCUUAUGUUAGGGUUUGUGGGGGUGUGGCGCCAAGUUGGGCGGAUGGGAAGAGGCCUGAUUAGUGGAAUUUGGCGUCUGGAAUAGACUAGCAUUUGGAGGGAGG